UUUUUUAUCGUUGAGUUAAAACGAAACCAGUAGGCUAACUCUUUCAGUCAGUUUACUAACUCACAAGGCACACCAUGCAGGGGAAGCUUCUUGUAGUGAUAUUAAUACUUACCGUUUUUAACACUGUUUCAGCGAUUCCUAAACCAAGGAUUAUUAAUGGAGUACAAGUACCAGUAGGAGCUCUUCCCUGGCAAGUCAUCUUGAAAAAGAAUCCUUCGGAUGAUGUCCUCUGCGGUGGUUCAGUCAUAGCAGCUAAUUGGGUUUUGACCGCUGGUCAUUGUACAUACCAACUUAAAUCUAUCUUUCUCAUCUUCGGAACGAAUAAUUUAAAGACUUAUAGUGUUUCCAUGAUCUCAACUCAGUUCUAUCUACAUCCAGAUUAUGAUCCAUUAACAUUAAAUAACGAUGUAUCGCUUAUUAAGUUGCCAAGUUUGCUGACAUUUUCAGAUGCCAUUAAGCCAAUACAGCUUGUGCCGCAAAGUGAUGAAAAUGAAAGCUUCGUUGGAACUACUGCAUUAAUAGCAGGGCAUGGUUAUACAGAUGAUUUAGACCUCGAGCAAUCAGAUCCCUUACUAGCCGCCCUAGUGGUCAUUAUUGACAACAAAUCAUGUGCUCCUACUUAUAGUGAAGGAGUUGUUAUUCAGUCGACCAUGUGUGCAAAGGGACGUAGUGGCAAUCAAAGCAUCUGCAGUGGAGAUUCCGGUGGUCCGCUUGUAACUAUGGAUUCGGAUGACACAUUCAUACAAAUUGGAAUAAAUUCAUUUGUUGUAGAGGAUUCAUGUACGGAAGGAUAUCCGUCGGGUUAUGCUAGACUUACGUCUUUUCUUAGCUUCAUUCAGUCAACAAUGGAUUCAAACUAAAUAAAAACAAAAAAAAAAUAAAGUCAAAUGCCAUUGAAUAAAAACCAAAUCUAAAACGUA